AUGGCUUCCUUCAGUCGCUUCGAGCCGUUCACGGAGGAGGGAGGCGAAGACUUCGAAUCUUAUGUGGAAUGCUUUGAACACUACAUCUGUGCCACCCAGGUCAGCGACCACUUGAAGGUAUCCGCUUUUGUGACGGCGCUUGGAAAACAGGCCUACCGCACAUUAAAGAAUAUGUGGGCCCCAGUGAAGCCCGGAGCCAAAACAUACGACGAACUGGUCAGGGCUCUCAAAGGGCACUAUUCACCGAACGCUUUGGUGAUAGCGGAAAGAUUCCGGUUCAAUCGUCGGUCGCAGCAAGAAAACAAACCAGUUGCUACGUUUGCAUUAGAAAUGAAAAGAUUGGCUGCAUCCUGUGAGUUCGGGCGACUCCUGGAUGACGUUUUGCGGGAUCGGUUCGUCGCCGGACUGAGAAACGAAACAACAUAAGCCGAGCUCCUCAAGACGUUCCAAACUGCUUAUGACCUUGCCAAAAGCGGGAAACUCGCUGGCUCCGAAACAAGGAAGGUUCACCCUAAGGACCUCAGCGAGGUGAAGCUGGUCCAGCAACCCCAACAAAGAAAACCCGAGGCCAGCACACGGACAAAAAGGGCAGCGAGCAAGAACACGGAGCGGCAAGCCGAAUCAACGGACUGUUUCCGUUGUGGCUCAACGCAUACCGUCGCAACCUGCCGCUUUAGCAAAUAUCGAUGCCGUGUCUGCAAAAAGGUGGGACACCUGGAGAGGGUCUGCAGAACGACGCCACGUUCGGUAGACGCCCUUGAAGAGAGCACUGGUUUAGAAGGCUCCGGUGUCUCGGACAGUAUAAGUGGUCGGCUGGCCUUCAAAAGUGUCUGA